AGACUUGGGAAGGAAAAGUGUUUAAAUACCCACCAAGCUCCGUUUCAGAAACUCCAGCUUUAAGAAAGGCACACAGAGGAAGGAGACCACGAGGAAGGAAGAAAACUGCCCUUGUGAGUCAAACACUAAGCUUCCUAGUUCUGCUGAAUACAGACUCUAGGAGGAAGACCUGCCCCAGAGGCCUGCACACAAUGCUGAGGACCACCUGGCUAUGCAUUCUCCUGGUAGCCUCUGUCAGUCGCCCCGUGUGGCUGCAGAAGCCUCAUAAACGCAAGACACAGCUCAAAGCAGCCGGCUGCUGUGAGGAGAUGAGGGAGCUCAAGGCCCAGGUCGCCAACCUCAGCAGUCUGCUGGGUGAGCUGAGCAGGAAGCAGGAGAGCGACUGGGUCAGUGUGGUCAUGCAGGUGAUGGAGCUGGAGAGCAGCAGCAAGCGCAUGGAGUCUCGGCUCACCACUGCCGAGAGCAAGUACUCUGAGAUGAACAACCAGAUCGACAUCAUGCAGUUACAGGCUGCACAGACCGUCACACAGACCUCGGCAGAUGCCAUCUACGACUGUUCCUCCCUGUACCAGAAGAACUACCGAAUCUCUGGAGUGUACAAGCUUCCUCCAGAUGAGUUCCUGGGCAGCCCUGAGUUAGAGGUGUUCUGUGACAUGGAAACUUCAGGAGGAGGCUGGACCAUCAUCCAGAGGCGCAAGAGUGGCCUAGUCUCCUUCUACCAAGACUGGAAACAGUAUAAGCAAGGGUUUGGCAGCAUUCGAGGCGACUUCUGGCUAGGGAAUGAACAUAUUCACCGGCUUACCAGGCAGCCAACAAGGCUUCGUGUGGAGCUGGAGGACUGGGAGGGCAACGCACGCUACGCAGAGUACAGCUACUUUGCGUUGGGCAAUGAACUGAACAGCUACCGCCUCUUCCUGGGGAACUACAGUGGCAACGUGGGGAAGGACGCUCUCCUCUAUCAUAACAACACCGUCUUCAGCACCAAGGACAAGGACAAUGACAACUGCUUGGACAAGUGUGCACAGCUCCGAAAAGGUGGCUACUGGUACAACUGCUGCACAGACUCCAACCUCAAUGGGGUGUACUACCGCCUGGGGGAGCACCGGAAGCACAUGGAUGGCAUCAGCUGGUAUGGCUGGCAUGGAGCCAACUAUUCCCUCAAACGGGUGGAGAUGAAGAUCCGUCCAGAAGCCUUCACGCCCUAGGAGAAGGUUGCUGCAGAGCUAUGUGAGGCGGAGGCUGAGGAGGGAGAGCAGGAUGGGAAGAGGGUGGACAAAAGGUAGGAAGGGGACAGUUUAUCAUCCAGGAGCGUGACACAACUUCACCUGUGCACACAAGAGCACAUGCACACACAACAGAACCACACAGACCAAACAGUGCACAUUAGCAGAUGGCACCAGGCCAGUAGGUGCCAUGGUGCCUCAGGGGAGGACUGAGUGGGCCCACAGAGCAGAAGCUCAUCCUCCACACCCUUAGCUGUGCUCAACAGUGACCCUGAGGUCACGAAACCUGUUUCCCCUACCUGAGGCUCAGAUGACAUGAGGGAAAAGAAAAAUAAAAGGAACUGUUGUGACCCUCCGUGGAGAGGCCAUGAAAAAUGAAAGCAGAUGGUGGAGAAGGGGCUUCCCCUUCUUAGGUCCCAUGACACUUCCUUGUGUCUAUAGGAUUUGUUUUGUUUUCCUUUGUGACACAGGGUCUCUCUACACAGCUCUUGCUGUCCUGGAACUUACUAUGUAGACCAGGCUGGCCUUGAACUUAAAGAGAUCUGCUUCUGCUUCCAAAGUGCAGGGAUUAAAAGGCCUGCACCACCAUAACCAGCAUAUAGGAAUUUUAAGACACAAAAAAUGUGGAGCUGAAGACCAGCUGUCCAGAUUGGACUUGCUUCAAGGCAUCUCCAGGGUCUUAGUUAGGCCUUGCAGGCAGAAUCCUGGGGGAGAGAACAGUACUAUAAAGCACACUGUGGGCCUAACGUGGGAGAGAGAGAGGACCAGCGGGGAGGCGAGCACAGUCUCUGGGUGAUCACAACACUGCCUUCACUCUCCAUCAAAAAACAUUCUUUUUUUUUUUUUUUUUUUUUUUUUUUUUUUUUUUUUUACUUAUUCUGUAAGAAACAGACUCAAACAGAUCCCCUUUAACAAAAAUGCCUGGAAAAUAAGGGUACAUGGCGCUGUGGUUUAAAACUUGUGCUAUAUAGAGAAGCAUCUUCCUUGUAAAAAUAAAAUAUUGUAGUUUUCAUUUUGAAUAUUCAAAAUAUCUUUUUCUUUUACAAUAAAUACUAUCAAAAUUU